GCUGAGCGUGCUGGGGGCGGGGCCCGGAAGCAGAACUGGAAAGCUCUUCCGUCGCACCCCGCGCAUUCCCAUAGUGCUCCACGACAGCUGCUAUGGAGGCCGGCAUGACAGCGGUCCUCCGCGUGAAGCGGAAACGCAGUGCGGAACCCGCUGAGGCACUUGUCCUUGCUUGUAAACGCCUCUGCUCCAGCGCAGUUGAGUCGGGAGCCCAAAAGACGCCUCCGGAGGAUCUGGAGAGAGCAGCAGAAAAUGUCUUCCAGUUGGUGGCCACCGUGCGCUCCCAGGAGGAGCCAGUACAGCCGCUUGUGCGAGCCGCCCUACGCCCGUCCCAGGGCAGCCAGCAGCGUAUCCGCCGUCAUCUCCGUGCGUCGGCUCGGGAGAUCCGGCAGAACGGCCGCUACAGGGUAGUCUCUAGCCGCCGAUCCUCGGGAAUUCCUUUGGGCGGCUUGGGGUCCGAGGACGCGCCGGGAAGCCCAGAAGCCGCCGAGGACUCAGGCUUCCAGCUGUUGGACCUGGUCCACGAGGAAGGAGACCCAGAGGCCGCCGCGAUCUCUUGCAAAGUGAGUACACGCCGGGAGUCGAGCUCUGGGCUUCUCGAGAGAGAGAGUACGCAAAGUUAG